ACCAAAAACUCUUAAAGAGUUGUCACUAGAUGCUUGUAUGACUUUGUUCGCAUUUCAUGCUCUUGGAGUCGGAAAUUUUGAUCAUCAUCCUAAUCUUGAAGUAAUAGGUCGGAAAAUAGUGGAAAAAUGCAAAGGGUUGCCAUUAGCCGUGAAGACAUUGGCCGGGCUACUACGCACCGAGGUCUGUCCCCACAAAUGGGAAGCUACGUUGAACAGCAAAAUUUGGGACCUACCGGAAGAAAGAAAUGAGAUCCUUCCGGCUUUGAAACUUAGCUAUCUCCAUCUCCCUUCCAAUCUGAGGAGAUGUUUCGCUUAUUGUGCUAUAUAUCCCAAGGACUACGAAAUCGAACGGGAUGAGUUGAUUCAUUGGUGGAUUGCAGAGGGCUUGUUGGAGGGGAAAAAAGGACAAAAUCAUUGGAAUGUAGGUUUGAAUUAUUUCAACGAGCUAGUAGCUAGGUCGUUUAUUCAAAAGUCGAGUAGUGGUGGAUCACGAUUCCUAAUGCAUGAUCUUGUGAAUGACCUAGCAAAGUUAGUUGCAGGUGCAACUUGCUUAAGCUCAGGGGAGUUUGAGUUUGAGGGUGAUCAAAACAAUGCAUCCUUAGCUCGUUAUGCCUCAUUCAUUUCUAGUAGUCACAUUUUGCCAGAAAGAUUCAAUAUAUAUCAUGGAAUGAAGAAAAUUAGGAGUUUCAUAUCAUUGGUGAAGCAAUCUAGGCAUUAUUAUAGGUCUUUUUUGUCUCAGAAAGUGCUAUGUGACUUGUUGGUGGGAUUGAAGUACCUGAGGGUGCUUUCAUUAAAUCACUAUGGCAUCCGUGAGGUUCCAGAUGACAUUGGUAAAUUGAGGCACCUAAGGUACCUUAAUCUGUCGUAUACCGAUAUUGAAAUGCUUCCAAAGUCAAUUGUUGCAUUAAACAACCUAGAAGCUUUGAUGUUGCGAGGCUGUUAUAGCCUUAUUGAAUUACCUAAAGAUAUAGAGAAAUUAAUCAAUCUAACAUUUCUUGACCUUACCGACACUUGGAGCCUAAGAGCAAUUCCGCUAUAUAUAGGUAAUUUGGUGGGUCUUGAGAUGUUGACCAUGUUUACAGUGGGAACGGAAAAUGGGUUGAGGUUGAAGGAGUUAAAAAACUUGAAGAACCUUACAGGUGAAUUGUGCAUCUCUGAUUUGCAUAAGGUUUCAGAAGUUGAAGAUGCCAAGGGUGCCAAUUUGCUUAUGAAGAAGGGGAUAUGCCAAUUGACCAUGAGAUGGAGUGAAGAUUUUGAAAAUUUUCGAAAUGACAACCUUGAAGCAAGGGUCAUUGACUCUCUUUGUCCUCACCAAAACCUUGAAAUUCUUGCGAUAUCCUACUAUGGUGGCCUAAAAUUCCCAUCAUGGCUAGGAAGCCCUCAUAUUUUAACAUAGUGCAUUUACGUUUACAUAGGUGCUGUAGUGUCAAAGCAUUACCAUCACUCGGGCAACUAUCUUCACUGAAAGAACUAUACAUUGAAGGUCUAAAUGCAAUAUGCAUAGUAGGAUUUGAAUUUUAUGGAACAAAAAGUCCUUUCCCGUCCUUAAUAACUUUGGAAUUCAAGGACAUGCUAUUAUGGGAGGACUGGUCUCAUUGCAUUGGCAUUGAAGAAGUAGGAGUUUUAUUCCCUUGUCUUACACAUCUCAUCAUUUGGGAUUGUCCUUUGUUGAUCGGAAGAUUACCUGGUCAACUGAGCUCCCUCAUGAAGCUCGAAAUCAACUCCUGUCCACGCAUGAAUGCCUUGCCCUUUAGUGAUAGCCUUCCCUCUCUCAAUGAAUUGAACAUUGGAGGUUGUAAUGAGAGGGUGCUGAGUAGUUUGGUAAAUCUGACAUCUCUAACCACUCUUGUGAUAAAAGACGUUGCUGAAUUGACUUGCUUAAAUCGUGGGUUUACAAGCUUCUUGAUCAAGCUGGAGAAGUUGGAGAUAAAAAGUUGUGAAAAGUUAAUAUACUUGUGGCAAGAUAGAGAUGUAAUUCGAAAUCUCACUUCUUUGAAGAGCUUACUCAUCGAAAGAUGUCCUGAAUUCAUAUCUUUUGUGGCUGGAGAAGGAGAUGUAGAGCUACCUAGCAACGUCGAGACCAUCGACUUGAGAAGUUGCUUCAAUUUAGAGAAGCUUCCAAGCCAGAUGCACGCCCUCACCUCUCUUAGAGGCUUAACAGUCUUUAACUGUCCAAAACUUGUGUCCUUCCCUGAAACAGGUAUACCGGCAUCAAUAAUAUCAUUAAAACUCAGCGAUUGCGAGAUGUUACAAUCUUUACCCAUAGGAUUAAGUAUUAAUCUGGAUGAACCAAGCAGCAGUAGCAGCUAUAACCACAGGGACAUGACAUCUUGUCUGCAAGGAUUAAGAAUCUACCUAUGCGAUUCUUUGCCCGCCUCUCCAUUCAGUGAAGGUACAUAUUUACCAGCGACUCUUAAGACACUUGAAAUUUGGAAUUGUAGGGGAGUGGAGUCGCUCGCCGAGAUAAAUCUAGACAGUCUUCAGUCGCUUGAAGAGAUUAUCAUUCACAAUUGCGAGAAUGUGAGAAGCUUACCCCAGUGCUUGCAUAGGCUUUCCCAUCUCAAUUUCUUGUUAUUGGCCCAAUGUCCUUCUCUAGAGCUGGAGUGCUUCCCUCCUCUUCCUCCUGGCAUCUCGAGCUUUUGUCUUAACGAGUGUCCGAAGAUAAAAUCACUACCUAAUCAGUUACAUCGACUUAUAUAUCUCCGUCAUCUGGAAAUUUUAGGUUGUGAGAGUAUUACGUGCUUCCCCCAUGGAGGAUUGCCGCCACAGCUACAGGAACUUGAGUUAAGGGGAUGCAGGAAUAUGAAGCAGUCAGUGAGCGAGUGGCUCACCCCCCUCACCUCCCUUCAAUAUCUGUCGAUUGACGGUAGCGCUGGAGGAGUGGGAGAGGUGGAAGAUCUUCUGCUUCCGCUCCCUUCCUCUCUAAUCCAUCUUCGUAUAUGUGAUAUGAGGAACGUGGAAAGACUGUCCAGCAGUCUCCCACGCUCUCUCCGGACCUUAGAGAUCCAACGAUGCCCGAAGCUGAGGGACUUGCCCCAGGAUGGUCUCCCUGCCUCUCUAGAGCAACUCCUGAUUGAUCGAUGUGAGAUUCUCAAGGAGCGGUGCUCAAAGCUGACCGGUGCCUAUUGGCUUCUCAUCCAAAAAAUCCCAGAAGUUAGAUUGACUGGUUUCAAAUCCGAGUCAGUUUCCUAAAAGAGAUCUCUUAUUUUGGACCAAUCGUGUGGCAUGCUGUCUAAAGAAAUUGCAAGUGUUUUGAAGCAAAUAAACUUGUUGUGAAAUCUGCAAAUUCUCUUUGUGAGUGUUUAAGCGAGGAUGCAAUAGGAUUGCAUCGAUUUAUAGUGGAAUCUUGCGUUGCUCUUCCCGUGGAGUAGGUCCAUGAACCGAUUACGUAAAUCCGUUUGAAGGAUGAGAGUUUACGAUUAUGGAGCAUAAUUGGAAUUUAGAACAGGAUCUCUCCUGAAGGGUAGUUAAAUUAUCCCACGAGGAAGGGUUUGCAUAUAUUCUUUGUAUAUUUGGUCUCAUGAAGAUUUCUAUGCUUCGAAAUGUUUCAUCAAAAGUAGAUUACAUUUAAAUUUGAUUGGUGAAGUUUUCUGAUUCGACCCAGCUUCCUAAGCAAGGGUCUAUAUACCCUUUCCUUCACCAUCGCCUCACUGGUAUUAAGUCUAGGAGAAGAUGCUGAAGGGGGGACCCUGGAUGUGAGAUUGCUCCUCCUUGUAGAGAAUUAUGGACAUGGCACUGCAGGCUUUCUUGUUCAGAUCUUGACUUUUGUGGAGAUUUUUCCUUUGAUUAGUUGAUUCUUGAAUUUCUCUUGAGGAUAGGAAUAAAAUAACAAAAUUAGUUGUUAUCGGAAGUGUUAUCAAACAGACCCCUAUUGCCCCACCGACUGUGGCGCACAUGUAAUGGGCCAUGGUGAUUAAAGACCAGGCGCAAGGCCGAAGGCAGCUAUAUUAAGUGUGCCCCAUAAAGAAUGGCAGGCGUGCAGUAAAGCUAAAGCUGGUACUCUGCAACACAAAACUUAUCCCAAGAUUGCUGUAAUCUCCCAAAAGCUAGUGGCCUAAACUACAUACAAGGCAGAGCUCUCGUGUCCCAAACCCAAAGAUGGCCAAAUUUAGAUACAUCCAUUGAAGUCGGUCCCUGGCCCGGUGUCUCUUGCCGACGCAAUCCGGCGGCCAUGCGACUCCCAUCUAUUCCUCCGCCAUGGAUCUCGGCAACCCGCCAAACAGCUGCCUACGAGGACUAUAUAUGGGUUUGUGUUUCGGAUUAGUGCGUGCAGAUUGACCCAGAAAAAGAAAAGGGAAUGAAGAGCGUGCAGAGACGGAGAAGAAAGAAACUCCCGCACUUCUUUGUAUUGCAUCAUUCCCUGCUGGAUCUCUCUCUCUCUCCCUCCCCGGUUUUUGGUCCGGUGGAUAUCAACUGUAAGCAUACUUUCCUCGUCAAUAGGUAAAGCUUGCUCUCCUUUCCUAGUGGAGAAAAGCACUGAGCAAAAAUGACAGGAUAAUUGCAUAA